CAUUUCAGAUUUAAACAAAAUGACUGAUGAUGCGACAUCCUCCGCAACUCUGCAGGAAAAAGACAAACCUGCUAUUGAAGAUGCAGCUUUUGAAGCACUCGAACGUGACUUCAACGAAACUAUAUCAGAGCUUCUUGGUGACAAGUCAUUAGAGAAAUUUAAAGUUGAGUACGAGAAACUUCACAAGUCUCUCAAGAAGUCGCACGAAAGCGAGAAACGUCUCAUGUUGAAAUGUCGAGAGCUGCAGGCCGAGAUCGUGGCCAACUCAGCAAAGGUAGCAACUGCCGUCAAAAUAUCGCAGGAAGAUCAGAGCACUAUCUCUUCUCUGAAGAAGGAGAUUGAAAAGGCUUGGAAAAUGGUGGAUGCCGCAUACGAAAAGGAACAACGUGCGAGGGAUACGAUUCAAUCUCUGAAAAUGGAAAUAGCUAAUCUCAGUAAACUCGUGGAGCAAGGCGCGGGUCUUGGACUGGGAAGCGAGCAUUCAGUGAGUGACUUGUUGAAGAUAAAGGAUGAUCUAACCAAAGAGAGAGAUGAGCUUUUGGAGGAAAUUGUGCGGCUGCGAGAGGGAAACAAGGCGGCCCAGGAAGCUAACGACAACCUGACGUAUGAGAGAGAUGAGAAUCAGCGAAAAGUGUUCGAGUUGAACCAGGAAAUUCAGAUGAAAAACAACGAAGCAUCUAGAGAGGAAAGAGCUAGAAACAACUUGGAAAAACAGCUCAAAGAUGCCAAGGAAGAAAUAUCUUUCAAGACUGUGGAAAACGGUAAAAUAAAACAACAAAUUGAACGUUCGACAAUGGAUCAGAAACGCCUACAAGACGAAGUCAAAGACCAGAAAGCGCAUAGCGAGAGAAUUAUGAAAGAUCUCGAUAUUCUGAAUGCCAAACAUUCCAAACUGCAAAACGAUUACGAAGUUCAACUAAUCAGCGCAGAUGCUUUGGCCGGCGAGAACAGCCAAAAAGUAGCGGAGCUUAAGUCAAAGGAAGACGAAGUGAAUACGUUGAAAGUUGAAGUUCAGAGGCUCUCGAAAGGCCUGGAAAAUAUGGAAAGAAAACGCAGAACUACCGAGGAACAGAAAACGGCAGUUGAAAGUCAGAAGGAAGAACUGAGGAACAAGAUAGGAGGUUACGAACGAGACUUGGAAGCUGCUAAGAAGCAAAAUGACACGGAUAAAAAACAGAUUGACGAUUUGACCAGGGAACGCGAUAUGCUCAACAAACAAGUGAUGAAAGCUGCGGGAGCAACUCAGAAACAAAUGAAUUUGGCAAUGCUUCACGAGCAGGCCAAAAUUAACUUGGAGCAGGAAAUUACCAACUACAAGGACGAAGCUCAGAAGCAGAGAAAGAUUAUCUACAAACUGGAAAAAGAGCGAGAUAGAUACAUCAACGAAGCUUCAGAAUUGACACAGAAGGUUCUGCAGCACAUGGAAGACGUGAAGGUGCGAGAAAUGCAGAUUUUCGACUACAAGAAGAAAAUUGCAGAGGCAGAAACUAAGCUGAAGCAACAGCAAAAUUUGUAUGAAGCAGUUAGAAGUGACCGAAACUUGUACAACAAGAGCCUGAUUGAGGCGAGAGAUGAGAUCACUGAGAUGAAACGGAAGCUGAAGAUUCUGAACCAUCAGAUUGACCAACUCAAGGAAGAAAUCCAGUCGAAGGAGGAAGCGUUGGUUAAACAAAACCAGGAGUACAAGGCUUUGGAGAAAGAGAAAGAAAGCUUGGUAGCCGAACGAAAUAAACUCAGACAAAAGGCUGUUGAGACUAAAGGCAUCAUCAGCAAUCAAGCGACCGAGCAGAGAAAGUUGCUCAAGAUCAUUGCUGAUGCGGACCAAGAACACAGCAAGCAAAAGAAAGAGCUGGACCAAGUUAUCAGCGAGAGAGACAUACUGGGUACCCAGUUGGUUCGCAGAAAUGAUGAGCUGGCGCUUUUGUACGAAAAGAUCAAAAUCCAGCAGUCAACCCUAAACAAAGGAGAAAUCCAGUAUAAGGCGAGGCAAGAGGAUAUCCGGUUGUUGAAACUUGAGAUCAAGUCUCUUAGAAGAGAAAAGAAUAUUUUGCACAAGAACGUAGCCAAUAUUGACGAACUGCGUCGUGAAGUGUACCACAUGCAACGGGAGUUGCUGAGAGAGCGAACUAAAUGCAAAGCUCUGGAGGAAGAGCUGGAAAAUCCGAUGAACAUUCACAGGUGGAGGAAGUUGGAAGGAUCUGACCCGAGCACCUACGAGAUGAUCCAGAAGAUCCAGGCCAUCCAGCGUAGGCUGAUUAAGAAAACAGAGGAGGUUGUGGAGAAAGAACUGCUGAUCCAGGAAAAAGAGAAGUUGUAUCUGGAGUUGAAGCAUAUUUUGGCGAGACAACCAGGACCCGAGGUUGCCGAGCAGCUGCAAGUGUACAAGAAGACAUUGCAGGAGAAGACAAAGCAGCUGAAAGGUAUGGCGAGUGAACUGAACAUGUACGAAAGUCAGGCGUCAGAUUACAAAUUUGAGAUCGAGCGUCUCUCGAAAGAACUGCAAGAGGCGAAGAAGAAGUACUACUUGCAGAAGAAGAAAGAGCAGAAUGUGAAGGAAAGGGAACUGGCUCUGCAGCAGAUGAACAAGCCUCCGAUACAACCACAGUCCCAGGAGUCCAAAAACAGAUACGCAGGCGGAGGUUUCAAUCUUAAACAGCCCAGUGCGGCUGCGAACAAAACUCCGCCUGUCGGACUGAACAAGUCAGCUUCGGGACUGUAAAGUCAAGAUGUGUAGAAAGAACUAGAAGCCAUUAAGGACUUCAUUUCCAUCUCUAUAGUGUAUUAAAUUGAAAAUAAUUUGUAUAUAUUUUCAUUGUGAAUAGCUGUAAAUACAAAACUUCAUGUACCAUACGCGUGAAAUAUAAAUUCAUCUAUCAUAAAUA